UGACAGUUUUCGGCAGCGCGGAUGUGAUGUAGCAACUGUUCAGACGUAUCGGAAGUUACAACCGUGUACCAGAGAAACCCUUGUACAGCGUAAAUCCACUAUAAAGAUAUUAAACUUGUGACAGUUUGACCUAUUUCACCAAAUGGCUUAUCCAGGAUACGGCGGGUAUGGGGGUCCAAUGCCAGGAAUGCCAGCUCAGGGAAUGCCAGGGAUGCCAGGCGGGCCCAUGGGAGGCCCCAUGCCUGGGCAAAUGGGUGGGCAAAUGGGUGGGCACAUGGGUGGGCAAAUGGGAGGUGCACCACCCCAGGGAGGAUAUGCCCCCUAUGGAGGAGGCUAUCCAGGCACAUAUGGCGCCCCACCCCCGGCUGCCAAUGAUCCAAUGUGGAGCUACUUUACAGCCAUAGCAGGCCAGGACGGAGAGAUCGACGCGGAGGAGCUCCAGAGGUGUCUCACCCAGUCUGGUUUCACUGGCAGUUACACACCGUUCAGCCUGGAGACGUGCAGGAUCAUGAUUGCAAUGCUCGAUAGGGACUUCACGGGCAAGAUGGGCUUCAAUGAGUUCAAGGAUCUGUUCACAGCUCUGAGCGGCUGGAAGCAGAACUUCAUGAUGUUCGACCAGGACAGGAGUGGAACUGUGGAGCCUCACGAGAUGACUCAGGCCGUCAACGCUAUGGGCUACCGCGUCAGUCCUCAGGCUCUAAACACAAUCAUCAAGCGCUACAACAAAGGAGGAAGAAUCUUCUUUGAUGACUACGUGGCCUGCUGCGUCAAACUGCGAGCGCUCACAGAGAACUUCAGACGGAGAGAUACCAUGCAUCAGGGAUCUGUCACCUUCCAGUACGAUGACUUCAUCCUGUGCGUGAUGUCCAUCUGAGGCAGUCUGUCCCACACCACGAGGUCCAAGCGCCUAAUCAACCAAUCAGAUGUGGAUUCUGGACCACUGCCUCAUGGGAAUGCAAAGGGAGGCCAGUAUAUAUGACUGAGUUGCCAUGAGACGCAACAGGAAAGUACCCAUUGCUUGUAACGCUUGCUGUAAUGCUUUAGUCUUGUAUGUCACAACGGGACGUGCUGAAGAUGUAUCAGGUGUACACACACACACACAUAUAUAUAUAUAUAUAUAUACAUAUACAUACACAGUAUGCAUCCAUAUUAGAGGGGAAUAUAAUACAUGUCGGUGUCUUUGAAGCCCUAUGUAGGAUAAACACUUUAAAGAAGAGUUUUAGAGCUUUAGUGGAAAUUGUAGGGAUUAAUAAACCAGAUAUUUGAAUCUUCUGCUUCGGGUCUCAAAGUGAACUGAUACUGUAAAGAUGUUCUGACCAUAUUGUGCCAAUAUAAUCCGAAUGUAUGGUCUAAUAUAUUUAACCCAUUUAUAUAGAACUUUGUCAUCAUGAGUAAUGAUUUAAUGUUGGCAGCAUUUACAGAGAACCUGACGUUGAUUUGCUUUUACACUGAACUUCAUAAGGUUAUGAAUUUUGUUAAAGCUAGUGCGUCUUCUCAUUAUCUUUUGUAAUAUUUCUGUUUUAUAAAACUUUAGAUUCUAUUAGCUUGAUGUUUAACUUGAUAACGAGCCAAAGUGACUGUGAGCCGAUAUAAAUCCACACUGAUACCUGUUAUUAAUGAUAGUGAGAUAUUGUCAUACGUUCAUAUGCCUGAAACCUUUUUGUUUUGCAUGUUUCAGUACAGCCGGGUUUUCAUUUGUAAAGAUUGCAGUGACCUCUGCGCACUCCCAAUGUUGUAGUAAAGAUCAUAUUUUGUUACUCACAAUAAACACUUUCUAAUCA